CCUCUUCUCUUCCAUCCCACACACUCACGCACAGGUCUCUGGUCUCAGGUCUUCCUCCAAAUGUUACGUCCUUUCUGCGCUCCUUGCAGACCUCCUUUAGGAUCAAUUCGCUACGCCGGUACAUUUCUAGGCUCCUCGCUGUGAAUGCGAUUGUUUCCAUCUAUCAGCUGAUCGGUUGGUGUUACGCGAUUUGAUAAGAAGAAGAACUGGCCGAAAUUUUGGAUUAUUUCGAGUUAGUUGUAUUAACCAAAGAUAAUGCUGCGAACCUUAGUGGCAGGCGCUCUGCGAAACAUUUGCCGGCAGGCGCCGGUGGCGGCGGUGGCUCCGCUGGUCCAGGGCACACAACGUGCUAGCUUGGUCACCCUGGCGAGGGCGAGCCUUUUGCCAAGUCCCUCAGUGACUGUCUCCAGCCCUAUGAACCUGCUGCAAAUACCUGCUCUGCAAGGAGUCACAGGAGCCGGCAGCACAAGAAGUGUCACCAAGUUCUCCCUGGUCAAAGGGAAACGAAAGACCGUCAAGGCCGUGCUGAAGCGGUUCAAGCGACUAGAGUGGGGCGCCUGGAUCCGCACCCAUUCCGGACGCCAGAAGAAGCUGUUCAAGAAGUCAGCGGCCCUGCGGCGACGCCUGAAGCAGCACGUCUUUACCAACGCCACCCAGAGCUGGCUGCUGGACAAGAUGGUGACCAGUUUCUGGCGCCGACCCAAGCACUACAUCAACGACCCCUACCGGCCCUACCACCGGCGAGAUGAAUACUUUGCCACGCAGUCGAAGACAUUUAAAGUGUAAUGCAGUCUAAGUUAUCAAUAUUAAAUGCCAUUGUUUCAUAUUUUUACCAAA